CAGACACCAUUCAUUCCAUCCGGGCGAGGGCGAGGGCGAGGAAGAGGGAACGAUCGGCGGCGCGCGCGAGAGAUGGCGAGCCUGUGGAGGGCGGCGUGGGGGGCGUCGCGUGGGGCGGAGGACAUGGGCGGGGGCGUGGAGUUCUGGUCGGACCCGGAGCGGGCGGGGUGGCUAACCAAGCAAGGGGAGUACAUCAAGACGUGGCGGCGCCGGUGGUUCGUGCUGAAGCAAGGGAAGCUGUUCUGGUUCAAGGAACCGGUGGUGACCCGGGCGUCGGUCCCGCGGGGUGUGAUCCCCGUGGCUUCCUGCCUCACGGUGAAGGGCGCCGAGGACGUGCUCAACCGGCAGUUCGCCUUCGAGCUGUCGACCAGCCGCGAGACCAUGUACUUCAUCGCCGACUCCGAGAAGGAGAAGGAGGAGUGGAUCAACUCCAUCGGCCGCUCCAUCGUUCAGCACUCCCGCUCCGUCACCGACUCCGAGGUCGUAGACUACGACAGCACUCGCCACCACGCAUCCGCCGAUCAGCGCCAGAUGGAAGGAUCCUCCUGAAUUAGGUGCGGCGCAUCUCUCCAGGGCCCCUCAUCUGCAUCCGGACUGCUAUUGCGCAAUCUAGGGUUUCUUCUCCUUUCUUUCUUCCUUUCUUGGGUGUGCUUCUCUUGAUCGUGUUGUACGGACUGUCUGCUUUUAUUAAUCGCGCUGUCUAUAUGUACAUCUCUGACUGCUGUUGUAAUUUGGCAGUGCUGGGAAUCGAUGUAUAGGAUCUAUUCUUGUUGGUUGUGUCUCGAUCCUUAAAAAUUAUCACAUGCUUCAUCUCCCUGCUUUGCCUUCUUCUUGUUAUGUAUUCCUACGAUUUAUGUGUACGACAUCCGUUCCUUUGUUAUACUAUGUUCAAUUCUUCA